UGGCAAUCUGUAAAUGUAUUUGUAUUUAUUUUUGUUUGGCUUUGCAAGAUUUCCCAAAAAAAAUGCUGCUAGCUCAACAUCUAUCCUUCUCUAAAACCCUAAACCCUCCAUUUUUCCUUCCCCCUACAACCCCACCUCCUAACAAACCCAUUUCCCCCUCUUUUUUUCGCCACAAUUCCCUCCAAAUCCGCGCAUUGGCCGGGCGGAGCAAGAAACAAUCACCCGAAGGCGGAGGAGGAGGUGGUAGAAUCGAAGGACUUGCCGAACUUCACCAGAGACUGAAGCGCAAUGUCCGCCAGAAAUCUAAAAAACUAGCCGAAUCCUUCUUUUAUCGCUUGAAAAACCCGAACAAGAACUACGCUGAUAACUUGACAGAAGAUGAGCUUAACAUGAUUGGUCUUGGUUAUGACAGGAUGGUGAGAUUUAUGGACAAAGAUGAUCCCAAUCUCAAGCACCCUUAUGAUUGGUACAAGUACGGCGAGUUUGGGCCCUACUCGUGGCGCGGAGUGGUCUUGGGAGACCCGAUUGUGGGGCGGUUUACUGAUGAGAGGGUUACUAUGUAUAGUGAGGUGAAAGAUCAGGAAGAAUGGGAGAAAAUUGAGCAGUUUGAAAUGGAAGUUGAUUUUGGUGAGAGGUUGAAAAAAUUAGAUAAAAUCGUCGGGUUUAAGCAUUAUUGGGUGUUUGUUAGGCACCCGAAAUGGCGGUUGAGCGAACAGCCAUGGGAGCAAUGGACAUUGGUGAGUGAAGUUGUUGUUCAGGCUGGUCAAGAGAGGAUUGAUAAGUGGAAUUUGAUGGGUAGGUUAGGGAAUACAACUAGGAAAUUGAUUACUCAGUGUGCUGCUUGGUUUCGCCCCGAUAUUAUCUAUGUUAAGAGGCCGGUUUAUCAGUGUAGAUUCGAGCCUCAGAUGGAUUUUUUCAGGGGUUUGACUCCGUUGUUGGAUCCGGAAACAGAGAGGGAUUUUAUGUGCGAGUUGAGGAAUGAGGACGAUGGGAGCGUUGAAACGUGUACUUAUUAUGAAGGGUUAUGUAAGAUUGUGAAAGUGAGCAAGAAAGCUUUUGUGGAUGAUGUAGUGAAUGCAUAUGAAAAGUUAAGUGAUGAAAAGAAAUCAAAAUGUUUGGAGUUUUUGUUUAACAAUCAUCCGGUGCUGUUGUUGCAUCCCUAUACUAAGGAGUGGAAGGCUAAAUUGGAGGAAGCGGAAUUGGGUUGCGAUGCACCGGAUGACGAUGACGAGUGUAAGAAGAACGAGGAGGAGUUUGAGGAAUGGAUAGAGGAGGAUAGCCAGGGAGGAGAUGAUGAUGAUGUUGUGGCGGAUAUGGAAGAAGGCGGAGAAGAAGAUGAAAUGGAGUCCGAAGAAGAAGAGGAGGAGGAUGAGAAGUUUUGGGAUGAGAAGUUAAAGAAGGAAAUGAGUAGCGCGGAGAAAAUGGAGAAUUUAGCAAGAUGGAGCGUGGAGAGGACUACGGAAUUAUAUAAGAGGCAGUUGAGCAGAGCGGAAGCGGAGGAAAAGGGGAAAGUGGAAGGAGAUGGAGAUGAGAGUGCACUGAGAGGCGUAAGGGCGAAAGUUGAUCCAGAGGAAUGGAAGAUUGCGGGAAUUGGGAAAUGGAGGAAGAGGGUGAAGAAGAGUAGAAUUCCUCCGGAGUUGUUCCUGAGAGCAGCAGUUAAACCCUUCACUUAUAGGAACCUUGUGAAGGAGAUUGUUUUAACAAGGCAUGCUAUUUUGGAUGGUGAAAUUGGAACCAAAAACUGAACCAUGCCUCUGUUUAUCUGUUAUGGAACAACUAAGUUUUGUUACAUUACCAACAAGCUGGACUAACAGAUUUUGUAGUUCCUUUCCAUGUACCCAAUAGUUCAGUUCAGAUCUUCAUCGUGAAAUGGAGUAUAUAAUUUUGAAAGUA